AUGACCGAACGCGGCCCCGGCAAUCAACAACUCAACGAGAUCGCCCAGCAGGCAGAGCGGGAUCUCAACACCUACCAAUCCAAGACGGGCGCCGGAAAGGGGCGGGUUUCGGGGCUCGACGACUACGGUGUUAACGACACAGUUGACAGAAAGUUCCCCGGUUCCACGGUCAAGGUGGGCGAGAACCUGGUGACAAACAGGAGCUACGACCGGCAGAUCCCAACCGACGAGGGCGGCGAUGUCGACGAGACCGGCCCGCACAACCCGGGCGGGGUCGACGAAUCCACCGUCAGGGGCUGGGGCAAAGACCCGCGGGAGCUAGAGCGCGCAAGCCUGCGUGCCGACCGCCCCGACCUGCUCCCCGCCGACCAGGCGCUGGGCGGCCGCGGCCGCGAGCCGGCGCGCCAGGGCGACGUGUCGGAGCAGGGCCGGAUGGCGGCCAAGGCGAAUGUGGGUUUGGCGGCCGAGAGUGGAAGGGAAGUCCCCGCGCAGGGAAGCCGGGGGAGCCAGUUUAAGGGGGAGUAUUAUGAGGUGCCGGAGGAGGUGCCGGAUCAGAGGGCGGAGCAGAAUGAGGUGCCGCCGGAGACGGUGACGGAGACGUCGCGGAACCUGUGA